AUGUCCUCCCAGGCCUGGAGGCCCUUUGUUGGGCUUUGUGGGAUGCUUUGGGUCUGGGCUGGCUGGCUGUCGGGCUGCGGGGCCGUGCUGGCCCCAAACGGGACCAUAUUUGAGGACAUGUGCAAGAAAAGCACAACCUGUGAGGCCCUUAAAUACAACACAUGUCUGGGGUCCCCUUUACCUUACACACACACCUCUCUGCUCCUGGCUGAGGACUCCAGCACCCAGGAGGAGGCUUUUGAGAAGCUAACCAUGUGGUCUGGUUUGCGGAACGCUCCUAGGUGUUGGUCGGUCAUCCAGCCGCUGCUCUGUGCCAUCUAUAUGCCCAAAUGUGAGAACGGCCGAGUCGAGCUGCCCAGCAAGAGCUUGUGUUUGGCGACCCGGAAACCCUGCAGCAUCGUGGACCGGGAGAGAGGCUGGCCCGGCUUCCUCAAAUGUGACAAAUUUCCUGCGGGCUGUUCGAAUGAGAUGUCCAAGCUGAAGUUCAACACGUCGGGUCAGUGUGAAGCUCCUCUGGUGAAAACGGACAUUCAGUCCAGUUGGUACAAAGAUGUGGAGGGCUGUGGGAUCCAGUGUGACAACCCAUUAUUCACCGUAGAGGAGCACAAUGACAUGCACGCCUACAUCGCUUCCUUUGGCACCAUUACUCUUCUCUGCACCUUCUUCACCCUGGCCACGUUUCUUGCCGACUGGAAGAACUCCAACCGCUACCCGGCCGUCAUUCUCUUCUACAUCAACGCUUGUUUCUUUGUGGGCAGCAUCGGCUGGCUGGCCCAGUUCCUGGACGGCGCGCGCAAAGAGAUUGUGUGCAAGAGCGACAACACCAUGCGGCUCGGCGAGCCCUCGUCCUCAGAAACUCUGUCGUGCGUCACAAUCUUUAUCAUCGUUUAUUACUCGCUGAUGUCGGGCGUGAUUUGGUUUGUUAUGCUGACUUACGCCUGGCACACGUCCUUCAAAGCUCUGGGCACGACUUACCAGCCCCUCUCAGGUCGGACCUCCUACUUCCACAUGGUCACCUGGUCCGCCCCUUUCAUCCUCACGGUGGCCAUCCUUGCUAUCGCUGAGGUGGACGGGGACUCAGUGAGUGGGAUCUGCUUCGUCGGCUAUAAGAACUACCGGUACCGAGCUGGAUUUGUGCUGGCGCCUAUCGGGGUGGUGCUUGUUGUCGGAGGCUACUUCCUCAUUCGAGGUGUGAUGACCUUGUUUUCCAUCAAGAGUAACCACCCAGGACUGCUGAGCGAGAAAGCUGCCAGCAAAAUCAACGAGACGAUGCUGAGGCUCGGUAUUUUUGGGUUCCUUGCUUUUGGUUUUGUUUUCAUCACAUUCGGCUGCCACUUUUAUGACUUCUUCAAUCAGGCCGAAUGGGAGAGAAGCUUCAGAGAAUAUGUGCUAUGUGAAGCCAAUGUGACGAUCGCAUCUCAAACCAACAAACCCAUCCCAGAAUGCACGAUUAAGAACCGCCCCAACCUGAUGGUGGAGAAGAUCAACCUGUUCUCCAUGUUUGGUACUGGAAUUGUCAUGAGCACCUGGGUCUGGACCAAAGCCACCAUCCUCAUCUGGAAACGCACUUGGUGCAAGAUCAUUGGCCGCAGUGACGACGAGCCCAAGAGGAUAAAGAAAAGCAAGAUGAUUGCCAAGGCGUUUGCACUGAGAAAGGAGCUUCACAAGGACCCAGAGAAGGAACUGUCCUUCAGCAUGCACACCGUGUCUCACGAUGGCCCAGUGGCUGGAAUCAACUUUGACCUCAACGAGCCAUCCAAUGAUGUGUCAUCAGCAUGGGCGCAGCAUGUGACCAAGAUGGUUGCCAGACGAGGUGCCAUCCUGCCUGAAGACAUUUCUGUCACUCCCACCGGUACAUCAGUGCCACCUCCAGAGGAGAGAAACAAGUUGUGGAUGGUGGAGGCUGAAAUUUCUCCUGAGAUGAUAAAAAGGAAAAAGAAGAAGAAGAAGAAAAGGAAAGACGUGCGUCCGGUUGAGGAGGUGGCAAACCACCAGGCUCAUCCCCAGCGUGAGUAUGGCCGCAGCUCAGUGCCCCGGCUGCCCAAGCUUCCCUGCCACCCGAGCCUGGUGGCUAACCUGCACUCACAGCAGAGGCAGCAGCUGAAGAUGGAGGAGGACAUCCUGCCGGGGUCGUGCCCAGAGUUUCAAUCCUAUGAGGAGAGGUGCCUCUACCUGCAAUGCCAAAGCAGCUAUGGCAACAAGCUGCUGUCCAGCCCUCUGACCCACAUCGACCGACCUGACGAUCUGGGCCUCAAGCCAUGCUAUCACCCAUCAAACUCCAACUGGCAGCCCAUGGGGUCUUCACUCUGCCCUGGAGAGAUGAACCUUAACGUGAUGUCUGAGAGAAUGGCUCGUGUGGCCCGGGUGCCGGCAGGCCGCAGGGCUGGCUGUGGACCCAUCCACUCCAGGACCAAUUUAAUGGAGGCGGAGCUAAUGGACGCUGACUCCGAUUUUUAACUUUCUGUAGACUGCUUCAUGGUAAGCAAAAAAAAAAAAAAAAAAAAGUGCUGGUAACUUUCAGAGACUCUUACUAAAGUGCAUCAAAAUCCUGAUGUCAUCAACCUGGUCAGUAUAUUGUAUUUUGUAUUUUUCUGUGUCUGUGCAUGUGAGAUUUUUCCC